AUGAAGAUAACUUGGUCAACGCAUAUUUUUCGUCUACAAGGGGUCUUUUUGGGAGCCAGCUUUCCACCCGAUCUGACUCCGAUCAUCAUGGCUGCUCAUCGAGACAACUACGAGAUCCUGCGUCUGUUGCUAGAGCGUGGAGAUCGAAUUUUGCCGCCUCAUGACGUCCGUUGCGCAUGUCUCGACUGUGGUGAAGCCCAGAGAAUAGACAGCCUUCGACACUCCAAGUCUCGAAUAAAUACUUAUCGAGCGUUGUCAAGCCCCUCUUUGAUCGCGCUGUCUAGCUGCGAUCCAGUAAUAACGGCAUUUGAGCUCUCCUGGCAGUUGAGCAGAUUGGGGAGACUGGAAAAUGAAUUCAAAUCGGAUUAUCAGGAACUUUCCCGUCGGUGCCAACAGUUUGCCACGGACUUACUCGACCAGACUAGGGACGCCCGUGAACUUGCAAUCAUCUUGAACCACGCCACGGCCAGCCUUGAGCACGGCCACGAAUUGGAUGACGAAGUCAACGACCUACCAAAUGAUAGGUCGAUGUCAAGUCUCAAAUUCCUCCUCAGACAGCACGAGACCUGGAUUCCCUUCUUCAGGGAGCCGGAACACGGUCGGACACAUAGUCUGGUCCGAUUGAGGUUGGCUAUCAAAUACAAGCAGAAAUCGGUAAGGCGCUAUUUCUUCGUAUUAACAUACACUUCAUUUCGUUUGAAUGGGCUAGUCGGAGGACUUCGCAAGCUGGCCUCGUCAAAAGUCGAAGAAAGAAUAUUUUGA